AGAUACUUGUACCAAAGGUCCGAUGGCGCGAUUUACAGCACGACCGAGGAGGAUAACAAGCUCGUUCGCGUAGAAAUUCCUGCUGGAUAUGUGGAAGUUUGUAGUCUCCUCAAAGCGAUAGAACGCAGCCUACGCCAUCGCUCUCGCAGACCCUUCGUUUCCAUGGAUAGAUCUUACUAUGUUGCUCCAAGGACGCCUUCAGAAGUUCCAACUGGCAGAGCGACAUCGGUGAAAGUAACAGAAGAGCGGCCGCCGCUCACAAAGUCGUCUCGCACGAGAUCGCGCGAGAUUGUUGAUCGGCCUCUCUUCACGGAAGCCGUUCCUGGGGAUGCCGUCGAGAAAAGCUCGUUAUCCAAGCCAGCUUCCGUUGACACAGACGUAGAGGCCCAAGAUAGGCUUGGUGUGAAGGAAGCAACAAACCGAACGGAUAUUUACAAUCUGGGAUACCCUAUAGAACUCGAUCACAAUGACGAUGUGUCAGUAACAUCAUCGGACGAAGGCUCCGUGUUCUCUAUUGCGUCACUCGCGUCUUCCGCUACUGAUCUGUCAAAGGGCAGUGGCUAUUCCCCAGUCCAAAUCGCCACAGCAACUCGAGAGUUACUUUCUAUAUUUCGAGACGACGAGGUUCUCUAUCCGCUCUACACAACCGCGAUACAUGGUGUCAUUGGUCCCCGGAAAUUCGUAAACACCUUCAGGCGAAUGCUAAAAGCAUUUGCCGACAAGCUCAAAGACGAAGCACAAGAUCGUCUGGACUUUCUUGCUGCGCGUUUAGUCGCGCUGAAGGCACGAGAAAUUGCUGACGCGAUACUGGAGAUACAUCAGCUAGGGAAAGCACCAGACUUGGUGGUAGUAGAAGGGAAACGGGUUACUAUCCUUGAGCGGGAUGAUGAGGACUCGUCUGAUGAAGACGAGCAAGAAGAGACAAACGUGGAUGAAACUGGCUUUGAAGACCUCACGAACGUCCGAGAAUUUCUGGUUCAGAGUGCAGCAUUCAAACUGCUCCGAACAGACUUGCAAUACUACGUAUCGUCGAAAAGACAGUCGAAAGACCCGUCAAGCGAGCGGGACGAGAAGAUGUAUCUAGACGAACGAGUGAACGGGAUCGCCAAACUCAUCGAGCCGGGCUUCCAAACCUGUGCCCAUGUACAAUCGACAAAGUCCGGCGUCGAACAAGACUGUCUUAACCAGCUCAGAAACGAUCGACCACUAUUUGAGUUGCACCUAUACGCCUUAGACAUCCUGGGAGAAGAUCGGUUUGUCAUUGAGUACUCCGAUUUGCUACGUCGCUACUACAGUAAUGCCGGCGCAUCUGUUGAUAACAAAGUAGAUAAUAGGAUGGGGGGUAAUAUCGACGCUCAGCUGGGAACCGUAUGGCAGCCUGUUGCUUCAGCCGUUGUCCUUCAUCUGGAGAUCGCUGACGCUAACGAAUCAUGCUGGAAGGAUCAAACCUCCGACUCGAAAACAGACAAGAGUUUCUUCAUCGAUUUGUUAUCCAGAGAAGGAAAAGAUCUAAGAUGCGCCACAACUCCUCAUCUUCUGAGCAGAGACCUUGCACUCUUAACCUUACGCAGACCACUACGGGAGCUCUUUACACAUACACCAGGGUAUAUCAUAGAGAUGACUUCUGUGAACGACAGUUCGUUCGUGAACAGAACCAAGGCCUCUCUCGAAGAUUAUACUAUGGCAGAAUGGGACUGGUGGCCAUUAGCUCCUCGCAUACCUGACGUUGCGCCUGGAGAAUGUCGUCUUGAGUGGAAGGUACGUUUCUGACUCUUCAUGGACGCUUGAGUAAGGCCGCUAAGCCACGCAGUUCGGCGGAGUUCAAUUAUAUGAGACAUUGUCUUCGCUCGAAUGGAACACUGUUGAAUAUGCCAUGCCCUCGUUGCCAGACCAUCCAAAGCAGUGCUAUUGCUGUCACAUCGGGCGCCACGGAAAGACCUCAAGUGCUACUUCUCCACGGUCUCAUGAUCACAUCGUGGCACCAGAGAGGAGCCAAUGGUGCUUGAGUCUCCCGAUGACCUGGAUUAAGGCGGCUGCUGGUACAACAGCAAACCCUUCCAAUUCAUCGACAGCUAGACAACGCUAUACUCCCACCGAAACUUCGGCAACCUCAAUGCCACUGGCUGGUUCUCAGAC